ACUAUUAUGGCAGUGCCCUUCAUCUUCUUCCUCUUUCUCUUCCUUCUAAUCUUCAGAUUCAUUUACACUAAUCUAUGGAUCCCAUGGAGACUCCAAUCUCAUUUCAACAACCUCCACUUAACAGGCCCUCCUUACCGUUUAUUCACCGGAAACUCCAAAGAAGUUACCCGUUUAACCGCAGAAGCGAAGUCAAAGCCGAUACCUUCCGGAAACAACCCUCAUGAGUUCGUCCACCGUGUAGCUCCUCACUACCACAAAUGGUCACGUGCCUACGGAAAAACUUUCCUCUACUGGUUCGGGACUAAACCAGUGGUUGCCACGUCGGAUCCGAGACUAAUCCGAGAAGCUUUGAAGAGCAAGUCGUUUGAUCGUAUCGGACACAACCCUUUGUCUAAGCUUCUUUAUGCUCAGGGUCUCCCUGGUCUUCGUGGUGAUCAAUGGGCUUUCCAUAGACGAAUCGCUCUUCAAGCUUUCACCAUGGACAAAGUCAAGAGGUGGGUGCCUCAAAUGGUUGCAAGUACUAUGAUGUUUGUGGAGAAAUGGGAAGAGAUGAGAAAUGGAGAAGAGGAGAUUGAGUUAGAUGUACACAAAGAGAUACACAGUUUGUCUGCAGAUAUGUUAUCAAGAACAGCUUUUGGUAACAACGUGGAAGAAGGGAAACGAAUCUUUGCGUUACAAGAGCGUAUGAUGCGUCUCUUCUAUCUAGUUAGAUGGAGCGUUUACAUCCCUGGUUUUAGAUUCUUGCCUUCGAAGACUAAUAGAGAGAUAUGGAGGAUUGAGAAACAAAUCCGUGGUUCUAUCCUGAGACUUAUUGAGAAAAACAAAGCAAGAGACGAGGAGAUAGCUGGAAGUCUGCUUCAGGCUUUUAUCUAUUCGAAUCAGAAUGGUGAAGAAGAGAAGCUUGGGAUUGAAGAAGUUAUAGAUGAAUGCAAGACUUUUUACUUUGUAGCUAAAGAAACAACUGGUGAUCUUAUGACUUGGGUUUUGGUUCUCUUAGCUAUGCAUCAAGAGUGGCAAAACAUUGCUCGGGAAGAAGUUAUACGCGUCCUUGGACCAACCGGUUUACCCACUCCAGAUAUCUUACAAGACCUCAAGACAUUAGGUAUGAUAAUCAAUGAGACACUCAGGCUUUACCCUCCAGCGAUGACACUAAACCGUGACACAUUGAGAAAAGCUAAGCUUGGAAGCCUUGAGAUUCCUGAAGGAACUCAACUCUAUUUAUCGGUUGUCACGAUGCAACACGACAGAGAGACAUGGGGAGAAGAUGCAGAGGAGUUUAACCCGCGUAGGUUUGAAGAUACUAAGAAAGAAUCAGCUCUGCUUGUGCCGUUUGGGUUAGGGGCUAGGACUUGUGUGGGUCAGAAUCUAGCAGUGGUUGAGGCCAAAACAGUUCUUGCUACGAUCUUGAGGCAUUACUGUUUCAGGUUGUCUCCAAGUUAUGUUCAUGCUCCUGUUUUGUUUGUCACCUUGCAGCCUCAAAAGGGUGCUCAUCUUCUCUUUAGUAGGAUUUAA